AUGUUAAUGGAAUGGGGCAUAACAAAUGAGAAAAUUCAUUGUUUUAUUCGAGAUUCUGGAUCUAAUAUGAUACGAGCAAUGAGAUUCGCCGCUAUACCUGAUGUCAAUUGUACGAGUUUACUUAAUGAGUACCAGAGAGAAAAACGGAUUUCUAUCAGUAACGAUCCUUUAUUAUGGUGGAAAGUGAAUAAAAAAUUUCAAUCCUUUAACUUGAUUGUCCGCCAAUAUUUAUCGUCUCCACCAAACUCAGUAGCAAGCGAACAACUUUUCAGUGGUGCUGGCCUUAUCUAUAACCCGUUGAGAAAUAGAUUGGAUGGAGAUAAAGCUGCGAAUCUUUUGUUUAUUAAAUAUAAUUUGUUUCUUUUGGAGUCACUUCAUUUUAUUUAA